AUGAACACACGUCAGCCGCAGGCGCGGCGUGAUGGCAGCGGAGGAGUGGCAACGGGGGCCAUCACGACAGCCACUCACGGUGUUUUGCCGAGAGGCGUGCCCGAUGACCGGCCGUUCACGUCGCCGCCGUCAGUCGUGGCUUCUCUUAGCCUAAGUGGGCAGCUGCCUUCUGAACCACGUGCGGCGGAGCGUCUGCAAGAGCAGUCGCGGGCGCCCCCAGCUGCGACGGCGCUCAUCUCGACGGGCCAAGCGGCGCAGGGCCCCGGCGCGGGUGCACCCGACUGUUCGCGCUUCGAUGUGGAUGCCCCCUUCCCACUUGAAGACCGAUGCGUUGUGCGGCCGGACGCCAGCAGCCACGGCUCCGACAGCUACACGAUGCACAGCAGUAGCACGCCUAGCAGCAGCCGUACCAUGGGCUGCUUUGCCUGCGCAGAUCGAGAGGGGCUCAGGAGUGACGGCAACACCACCACGGGCAGAGGCGGCAGCAGUAGCAGUGCCAUGGAGAGAGAUGUAGGCGACGUCGUCGGCGAGUAUUACGGCGGCAGGCCCCCCUCCGGCCCCGGACACGACGGGCGCGGCCGCUCCGACGACGUCCUCCCGGGCAACCGGAGCGCCUCCUUCGGCUACGGCAGCGCGCCAGACGACCGGGAUACCGUGGCCACGCCUCCGUUCUCGGAGUCCUAUACAAUGACGACGAUGCACAACGGCGGCGCCGACGGCCUCGCAAGCCCGACGGCUGGCGAUGCCGGGCAGACCCGUAAGCACGGUAGCACGUGGCUCGACCAGCUUGGGGCAACUCUUUCUCGCGAUAUGAUCGAGCGCCGCCGCCGCUGGGGCAGCGUGGCGCUGGAGAUUGCGGUCCCGCUGGUGUGCACGGUCUGUGUGGUGGCGCUGUGGGCCACCUUCGGCAUUACUUCCUCGCCGGACUACAGCUCGCUGGGCAAUAUCAGUGGUCGAGGGUACAACUUCGUGGCUGGCAGGUACCAGGCAGCGCUGUGCUACAAUGAGACCUGGUUUGGGGAGCGGAACUACAUCGACGGACUGCGCCCCUGCAGCAGCCUAGACGCCUUGUCCCUGAUGUCAGUGACGUGCAACACGGUCGGCGAGGAGGAGCUGCCCGUGAAGGGGCUGUGCUACAGGGCGGAAGGCCGCGGGCUGGCCGACUUUCUCAGCGGUAUGCGCAGCGGCCUCGCGCGGGUGAUGCCGCUGGACGACAUCAUCGCCUACCAGUGGCUGGCCCGAAAGUUGCUCUUUAGGGAUUCGGCGGCGGCGUCGCUGCUGAUUGGCGCGGGGCUCUUCUCCAACACGCGCAUCAACGCUAUCCAGGCGUCCGGGAAGCUGUACUUCGCCCCAACGAAAAACGUUCCACUGGACAUGCUCCAGUCCCUGUCCAGCAGCUCUCGGUUUUUCCAGUAUGUGUACAAUGAUACCUUCGACACCGUCGAGGAGGCGCACCGCGUGAUCGGGAGCGGCGAGCGUGGGCCCACAUGGGCUCUCGUGAACAUCCGCCAGCUGGACGAGAACGGCUUGGACGUGUCUAUUGAAGUGGCUUCGACAGCGCUGCCGCCGUUCACGGCGAUGGUGGACAAGGCGUACUCCGGCGGCGGGGGCUACGAUCGAUCGAACAUGUACUACGCGAGCGGCUACCCGUCCUUGAUGGACGUGCUUGUGAAGUACUACCUCGCAUCCCUGUACGCGGCUGGUGCGACGCGUGCUGAAGCGGCCAGUGUUCAGGCCCUGGCGGAGAGGCGGACGGCGCAACAACAGCGGCAACGGGCGCAGGCAGCGGCUGACGACUCGGUGGACGUGGUUCUGGACACGCACGAACUGCUCGACGCUGUGCGGGCGGCGCGGGAGCCAGCGGACAACGGUGUCCAGUCCGUCACCGCUGUCGCCGAGUCGGGCAAAUCCUCGGCGGCCUUGACGCCAGAGAAGGCCUUCAGCAUCCUGGCGACAAGCGCGGCCCUUCGCACGAAGGCGCGCUUCACGAUCUUCCUGGGCAGCAUGCCAUGGGUGCCCUUCCAGACGAGUCAGGUGCUGACCUCCUCGAACACGAUCAUCGGCUUCGUCAUCGUGAUGGCGUUUCUCUACCCGGUGUCGCAGCUGACGCGGCGGCUCGUGCUGGAGAAGGAGCGGCGCGUGCGGGAGGCGACGCUGAUCAUGGGGCUCAAGCCGGUAUAUCUUUGGUGCAGCUGGUUCCUCCACAGCGUCGCCCUCAUGUUCAUCGUUUCCCUCGUCAUGACGCUGGUGAUGUGCACAACGUUCCUGGCGAAGAGCGACGCCUUCUGCGUGCUGCUUGUCCUUGUCAUGUUCUCCCUCACGUGCGUGCCGCUGUCGGGGCUGAUGGCCACCUUGUUCGACACGUCGCGGAUGGCGGUCCUCAUGACGCCACUCCUCUACUUUUCCAUGUCUUUGCUGAUCUUUGCGAUCUACUCGGCCAGUCCCGCCAUCUACCUCGGCCUCAGCAUCUUCUCGCCAACCUGCUUCGCGAUCAUUCUGCAGAUCGUGCUCGCCCGGGAGAGCGGCGACGGCUUCGCCGCGGCAAUCUUUCUCGACCCGAAUGACAACCCAAACACCGCCACGCUCCUCGGAUUUCUCGUCCUGGACUUUGGCGUGUACCUGCUGCUCAUGUUCUACCUCGAUGCGGUGCUGCCCAAGGCGGUCGGUGUGCCGAAACACCCGUUCUACUUUAUCCUAGACCCGGCCCGGCAUUGGCGUCGCAGGCGUGCGGAAAGGGCGAGGCAGGCGGAGCAGCGGCGGCGUCAAGCAGCGUCUGCUACCGACGGCGGCAGUGGUGCGGGGGAGGCCCGGCCGCCGCCCCCGACGCAGAAGGGGGAGGGGACUCAUGGUGCUCAAGAGACGUAUGGCGGCAACAGUGGCUGGUGCUGCACUGGGCACAGCGCUGCAACGGAUGACGACGACGACGAGGACCUGUACGACGGCGAGGACGGCCGUGAUCCGAACGGCGUGUACGAGGCGGAGACCUUCGCGCCGGAGCAGCUGUCCGUGCGCAUUCUCGGCCUCCGCAAGUUCUUCCAGCACGGUGGCCGCCGCUUCGUGGCGGUGCGGAACUUCUGCUGGCAGCUGCCGAACGCCGGCAUCUCCGUGCUGCUGGGGCACAACGGCGCAGGCAAGUCGACGUUGAUCAACAUGAUGACGGGCAUGGUCUACCCGGAUGGCGGGGACUGCUUCAUCGGCGGCCACUCCAUCCGUUAUGAUCUGGCGCGCGCCCGCCAUCAGAUCGGCUUCUGCCCGCAACACAACAUUCUCUGGCCGGAGAUGACGUGCCGUGAGCACCUCGAGUUCUUUGCGCGGCUGAAGGGGCUGCGCGGGGCGGCGCUGGAGGAUGCCGUGAUGCACACCCUCAAGGAGGUCGAUCUUGUCAAGAAGCAGAACGACCCCGCACGCGCGCUUUCGGGUGGCAUGAAGCGGAAGCUGUCUGUCGCCGUCGCGUUCGUGGGUGGCAGCAGCCUCGUCUUCCUCGAUGAGCCGACCGCCGGCAUGGACGUGGCGGCGCGGCGGCACACGUGGGGGCUGUUGCUGCGCAUGUCGCGCAGCCGAAGCGUACUGCUGACCACGCACUUCAUGGACGAGGCGGACUUGCUCGGUGACCGGGUGGCCAUCAUGAGCCGUGGCCAGCUCAAGUGCUCUGGCAGCUCACUCUUCUUGAAGUCGCGGCUCGGUAUCGGGUACAACAUCACCAUCUCUGUCGACGAGCUGCUACGCCCCGGUGAUCUCGACAUCUGUUUGCAGCAGCACGUACCGCAGGCAGAGCGCUUGACAAGCAGCGGCGGCGAGGUCAGCUACCGCCUGCCUGCAAAGCACGUGGAGCGCUUCUCAGGACUGCUGAGCGCGCUCGACGCGGUUGGGCCGCUGAUUGGGAUUCGUGGCUACGCCAUCUCUCCCACAACACUGGAGGAGGUGUUUCUGACGAUCGUCCGCGACGCUGCUGAGGAUGACAAGAGGCGAGCGAAGGCGGAGGGCGCGGCCGCCGUGGCGGCCAAGAAAAGUUGCCUGGCAGAUCUCUGGCAUCGUUUGCGCUGCUGCUGCCGCCGCGGUGGCGGUAAGGGCCAGAGCGACCACUCCUCCAGCGACAAGUUUGACUGGGACGAUGAUGACGAGGACAACCAUCGCAACGCCGGCUACCUGCGCGACCCCUCCGGCGGGUGCGCUCAGGAGGUGUCCCAGCACUCGGCGCUGGACCGAAAUAUCAGCCCGAUGCAGCAGCCGUCAGCGUCCUUGGCCACCAUCUCGGAACAGCUUCAGAGUUGCUCGGGCCCAACGAGGGCGGGCUACGUGGAGGACUGCAGUCGCGGUGAUGCGCGGACCGCGGCGAGCCGCACACCCUUCAGGUCUUCGUCGAGGCUCGCGAGACCGGCGAAGGCCGCCGCUUCCAAAGCCGGCGACCGUGCAUCACAGGCGGACGUGGUAAGCAGCCGAGAGUCUAUGCAGCCGACAGCAGAGCACACGAUGACGCCGAGCUCGGAGGACGUGGAACACUCUCGACCGCGUGUCCCAGCCGCCGCCGCCGCAGCAGCAGGGGCAGCAGCAGGGGCAGCAGCAGCAGCGGCGGCCGAAACGACAGCGAAGGAUGUUUUCCCGGGUGAUGUUAUCUGGAACUGUGAGGUGGCUUUUUCGACCGCGACUGUGAGUCUCCUGCAGACAGAGGCAAUGAUGCGCAAGCGGUUCUGCAACAUGAAGCGUGAUCGCAAGGCGCUCUGCUUCCAGGUGAUCUGCCCCGCCGCAUGCAUCCUGCUAGCAAUGCUGCUGAGCCUGGCGGGAACGUAUACCGUCAGAGAGCUGAGGCUGAACACGAGCGACUACCCGUAUGACACGCUGUGGGACACGACGGGCUGCGCGGACUACUUCAACGGAAGCUUCAGCGACCUGGCCGCGUCGCUUGCACGAAACCUGCACACGCGCGACUUGCGCAUGGCGAAUCUGUCGGACUUCUACUACUUUCUCCAAGACGAGUGGUUCGCGCACGGCAAAGUCGGCAAGUACAGCGGCCUCGCGUGCGGCGAUCCUGUGGUGGCGAUGCUGCCUUCGGUCGACUUCAACACCGUCGUGCUGCUGACGAACUACUCCGCCUAUCACGAGUUUCCUAUAGCCAUGGUGAACUUCUACAACCUGCUCUUGAGGGAGGCUCGCGGCCCGUCCGUGUCCAUCACGGCGAGCGCCGGCACGCUGCCGUCGAGGUUCGCGUCCGACUCCGAGAAGGGCAUCAAGGUGCUGCUGACAGCCAUCAUCAUUAUAGUGCCCUUCACCUUUCUCCCCUCGAACUGCGUUGCCUGGGUGGUGAAGGAGCGGGAGUGCCGGUCGCGCCACUUGCAGGAUAUCUGCGGCCUGCGCUACCUCGUCUAUUGGUUCAGCAACCUUGCCUUCGACUUGACGGCGUACGUUGUGACGAUGCUGCUCGUUGUGACGAUCUUUGCCAUCUUCCGUCGCGAGGAGUACAUCGGCGUCGACACCGCUGGCGCGACAUUGACGCUGCUCCUGGUCUUCGGCUUCUGUAGCACGACCACCGCGUACUUUGUGCAGCUUUUCUUCACGACCCACUCCAGUGCGCAGAGCAUUGUUAUGGCAGCCGGGUUCGUGACAGGAUUCCUUCUGGUCAUCAUGGUGUUCGUGCUGCGACUCCUGCCGCUGACAGAGAUGACGUCGCACAGGUUGGGCUGGGUGUUCCGCAUUUUUCCCACCUACGCCGUCAGCGAAGGCAUUGUGAAUCUCGCCCUGCUCUCGCACUUCCAGGUAGAGAACGCGGGCUUGACAGCCUUCUCCAUGCAGACUAUCGGGUGGCCGUGCGUGUACAUGGCGGCCGAGGGGCCGCUGUUUCUCGCUCUCACCCUGCUGAUCGACCACCCAUACUGGCGGAUGAGGCUGUUGCUGCGGCGCUACGACGCCAACGGCGACGCCACCGCUCUCGCACGGGCUCAACGGAGCGCGGAGCAGGGCAAAGGCGGCGACGCGCGCCGUCGGCGCCAUGGCAGCCAUCAGCUCGGAGAGCAGCACGACGCGAGUGAGAGUACCGAUGACAAUGUCGGAGAGGAUAGCGACGUCGAGGACGAGCGAGCCGAGGUGCAGCGGCGCGUGGAGGCAUACCGCGAAGACCUGAAGCGGCAGGAGAACAUGUACAGGAUGAGCGAUACUGCCGACUCCGCAUCCUUUGAGAUGGCGGCGACUGGCGCAACUGGGGGCACCGGCGGUGACUUCCCGAGCUUGGGCGCUCAGCUGCCUAUCAUGGACGCCGUCGCGGUCGUCGGCUUGCGCAAGCAGUAUGAUAGCGGCAAGGUGGCUGUGCACGAUCUCUCCUUCGGCGUCGUGCCGGGCGAGGUCUUUGGCCUUCUCGGCACGAAUGGCGCUGGCAAGACUACGACGAUGUCAAUAUUGUGCCAGGAGUUCUACCCCACCACUGGGCGUGUCUACGUGUGCGGGUACGAUAUUGUGGCGGAAAGUCGCGACGCGCUCCAGUGCAUUGGGUACUGCCCCCAGUUCGACGCAACGCUCGACCUGCUGACGGUGGAGGAGCACCUGAGUGUCUUUGCCGGCAUCCGCGGCAUCGUGCGGGAGCAGCAUAAGGACGUUGUGCGCGCGCUGCUGCAGCUGACUGGCCUGCGCGAAUACCGUCACACGACGUCGGCAGCAUUGUCGGGCGGCAACCGCCGGAAGCUGAGCGUCGCACUGUCGCUGAUUGGUGGGCCGCCGGUCGUCAUCUUCGACGAGCCGUCGGCGGGCAUGGAUCCCGUCGCUCGGCGUGAGAUGUGGACCUCGAUGCAGGCCAUUCGGCACCGCUGCUCAAUUAUUUUGUGCACGCACCACCUCGAGGAGGUCGAGGCCCUUGCCGACUGUGUGGCUAUCAUGGUGGACGGGCGACUGCGCUGCAUCGGCAGCAAGGUGCAUCUGAGGCAGAAGUACGGCAGUGGCUUCGAGAUGACCAUCCGCGUGCAGCCACCGACCACUGCCGACGCGGGCGCCUCCACCACGGCGGAGGCGGCGGCGCUGGAGGCGAUAAAAGCGCGGGUCGUUUCCUUCGUCACUGCGUCCUUCCCGUCCGCACAGGUCAGCGAGGUGCGUGGCAGGCGACUUGUCUUUACACUGCCCAAGAACACGAACCUGCCCAGCGUCUUUCAGUGUGUGCAGGCAAACCGCGCCGCGCUCUGCGUGUCUGACUACACGGUGUCGCAGACAAGCAUUGAGCAGAUAUUCAUGCGCGUCAGCGGCGAUGUGGAGAGGGCGGAGAAGGUUCGCGCCGCCUUGGUGGAACGACGGCGUGAUGCCGAGAACGCCUUGCUGCGGAAGCAUGAGCAGCUGCACCUCACGGGAGAAGCGUCUCCCGAGGAGAAACGUGCAGAGUUGUGA